AAAAAUAUUCUGGAUAUUUUCGAGAUUCAACAAUAUCAAAAAUGAAAACAAAUUAAAAAAAUUUGGGUUUUGUUUUGUUGGGUUGGGUUUUUGUUUUUGUUUUUGGUUCUAUCAUCGUUAUUUUUCACUUGUGUAUUUAAUCCUCAUUUUCUUCUUUAGAAUGGAACAAAACCCUAAGGGUUCUUGCAAGAACCAAUCGCCGCCAGAUUGAUUAUCUCUCCUCUCUUUCUCUUUUCAUCUCGUUAUUAUUGCACCAUUCUUAACUACUCUUUCUGUUUUCAGCUUCAAGAAGUUUUGAGGAAUAAGCUUGAUUUUUUCUGCUUCAGUAACUAACUGAGAGUUUGUUUGAUAAUAUUGAAUUGAGUUUUUAAAGAAUGUUGUCUGAGUUGGAAAGAAGACCGGUUCUUGGUAAUAACGAGGGGUAUUAUGGUGAUGAAUUGGAGAAAGAAAUAGGGAUGUUGCUUCGGGAGCAGCGACGACAAGAAGGCGAUGGCGAUGAUCGUGAUCGCGAACGGGAGCUUAAUAUAUAUAGGAGUGGAUCAGCUCCACCUACUGUGGAAGGUUCUUUGAGUGCAGUUGGAGGAUUGUUUGGUGGUGGUGGUGGUAGUGGUAGUGGUACAGCUGGUUUUUCGGAUUUUGCUGGGAGUAAGGAUGUGAAUGGAGUUGUUUCUGAGGAGGAGCUUAGGUCGGAUCCGGCUUAUCUUUCGUAUUAUUAUUCGAAUGUGAAUUUGAAUCCUAGGCUUCCACCUCCUUUGUUGUCGAAAGAGGAUUGGAGGUUUCAGCAGAGACUGAAAGGCAGUAGCUCGGGUGUAGGUGGGAUUGGAGAUAGAAGGAAGGGUAUUAUGACUGAUGAUAAUGGUGGUAGGGCAAUGUUUUCGACGCCGCCGGGUUUUAACUUUAGGAAGCAAGAAAGGAGUGAGGUGGAUGCUGAAAAACCAAGAGGCUCUGCUGAAUGGGGUGGGGAUGGUCUUAUUGGUUUACCUGGCUUGGGGCUUAGGAACAAACAAAAGAGUCUUGCUGAGAUUUUUCAGGAUGAUAUGGACCAGAACACCUCGAUCACAGGCCUUCCUUCUCGUCCAGCAAGUCGUAAUGCAUUUGAUGAAAAUGUUGAUGUCUUAAAUACUUCUGAAGCAGAGUUGUCUCACGGUCAAGGAUCAUCUACAACUCAAAAUGUUGGUCUACCAACUUCAUAUUCUUAUGCUGCUGCUCUAGGAGGAUCUUCACUGUCAAGAAGCACUACUCCUGAUCCACAACAUGUUGCAAGGGCUCCUAGUCCAUGCCUCACACCUAUUGGUGGAGGGAGAAACGUUGCUUCUGACAAGAGAGGUAUUAUCAGUCCAGAUGCCUUUAACGGUGUUUCAUCCGGCAAGAAUGAGUCAGCAGAUCUUGUGGCUGCAUUGUCAGGGAUGAACUUGUCAGCAGGUGAUGAAAACCAUCUGCCAUCACAGGUUGAAUCAGAUGUCGAUAAUCAUCAGAGAUACCUUUUUGGGAUGCAGGGUGGUCAAGAUCAUGGCAAGCAACAUGCAUAUUUUAAAAAAUCUGAAUCAGGGCAUUUGCAGAGUUCGGUUAAGAGCAGGAGUGGAUCGGAUCUUAGUAAUCUAUCUCUGCAUCGGCAGGUUGAGCUGCAAAACUUAUCUGUUCCUUCAAAUAACUCGUAUUUCAAAGGAUCGCCCUCCCAUUUUAGCGGAGGAGGUAAUUUGCCAGCUCAGUACCAGGGUAUCGAUGGUUUGAAUUCGUCAUUUACUAACUAUGGCGUAGGUGGUUAUACGGGAAAUCCCGGUUUGACAUCCUUGAUGACUAACCAAUAUGGCACCGGUAAUCUGCCACCCUUGUUUGAAAAUGUUGCUGCAGCAUCAGCAAUGGCAUCCCCUGGAAUGGAUUCGAGAUUUCUUGGAGUUGGUUUGGCUUCUGGAGCUGGUUCUCCUUCUGAUGUGCAUAGUCUUGGUCGGAUGGGAAAUCAAAUUGCAGGGGGCGGUCUUCAGGCCCCGUUUGUUGAUCCAGUGUAUCUUCAGUACAUGAGGACAUCUGAAUAUGCUGCAGCACAACUUGCUGCUCUUAAUGACCCCUCUGUGGACAGGAACUACUUGGGCAAUUCAUACAUGAAUUUACUCGAGAUUCAGAAAGCUUAUCUCGGGUCUGUUAUCUCGCCUCAAAAGUCACAAUACAAUGUACCACUGGGUGGUAAAUCAGCCAGCUCCAACCACCAUGGUUAUUAUGGAAAUCCAGCAUACGGGGUUGGAUUGUCUUAUCCAGGAAGUCCAAUGGCAAACUCUGCUUCUCCAGUUGCGUCUGGAAGUCCCAUCAGACACAACGAUCUAAACAUGCGUUUUGCUUCUGGAAUGAGGAACUUAGGUGGGGUCAUGGGACCUUGGCAUGUAGAUACUGGGAACAUGGAUGAAAGCUUUGCAUCUUCUCUGUUGGAAGAGUUCAAGAGCAAUAAAGCCAAGUGUUUUGAGCUCUCUGAAAUUGCUGGACAUGUUGUUGAAUUCAGUGCGGAUCAAUAUGGGAGCCGAUUUAUUCAACAGAAGCUUGAAACAGCAACUACAGAAGAAAAAAACAUGGUUUAUCAGGAAAUCAUGCCACAUGCUCUUGUUUUGAUGACUGAUGUCUUUGGUAAUUAUGUGGUUCAAAAGUUUUUUGAGCAUGGACUUGCACCCCAGAGAAGAGAAUUAGCCAACAAGCUUCUUGGUCAUGUGCUGACACUUAGCCUUCAAAUGUAUGGUUGUCGGGUCAUCCAAAAGGCAAUUGAAGUUGUUGAUCUGGAUCAGAAAAUUGAGAUGGUUCAAGAGCUUGAUGGUAAUAUCAUGCGCUGUGUACGUGAUCAGAAUGGUAAUCAUGUCAUUCAGAAGUGUAUUGAAUGUGUCCCAGAAGAUGCAAUUGACUUCAUUGUUUCAACAUUUUUUGAUCAAGUUGUGUCACUCUCAACCCAUCCAUAUGGUUGUCGUGUGAUACAAAGAGUACUGGAGCACUGCGAAAGCCCUGCAACGCAGCAGAAAGUUAUGGAUGAGAUUUUAAGUUCUGUUAGUAUGUUAGCUCAGGAUCAGUAUGGCAACUACGUUGUUCAGCAUGUACUGGAACAUGGGAAGCCUCAUGAGCGUUCUACUAUAAUAAAGGAAUUAGCCGGGAGGAUAGUUCAAAUGAGUCAACAAAAGUUUGCCUCCAAUGUUGUGGAGAAAUGCUUGACCUUCAGUGGUCCUUCAGAACGCCAAAUACUAGUCAGUGAGAUGCUUGGAACCACGGAUGAAAAUGAGCCUCUUCAGGCAAUGAUGAAAGAUCAGUUUGCAAAUUAUGUUGUCCAAAAGGUGCUAGAAACAUGUGACGACCAUCAACGCGAGCUGAUUCUUUCCCGAAUCAAAGUUCAUUUGAAUGCAUUGAAGAAGUACACCUAUGGAAAGCAUAUUGUUGCGCGUGUAGAGAAACUUGUUGCUGCUGGAGAAAGAAGAAUUGCUGCUCAAACUCCUCAACCUGCUUAGGCGUGACAUAGAAAAAUAAUGUUUGUUUGUAGUUUGUACAGCUAGCUAACUGAGCUUAGUGCAAGCUUCUUCAUCAAGAGUCUAUAUGUUUCCGCUGAUUGAAAAUAAAGUUGUUGAUUGUACUGCAAAAAUGUGUACAUUUGUAGCCUUUUACGUUUAUACAUAGAAUUUCAAGCAAGAUGAGGUUCAGAUGUUUCCCUGCAGAGAAGAUGAAAAUAUUAUGGUGGUGAUGAUGACUAUACAGGCCCUUUUUUUCACGGUGUAAUGUCCAUAAAAUGGUGAGGUAGUUUACAACUUUAAGCACUGUACAAAUCAUGCUUUGUGGAGGUGUUGACAGUUUAUUAGAAUCUUUGUCCUUUUAUUAUGAGUAUAAAUUUUCCAGGAAGUUUAUUUUCCUAUCUCUGUUGUGAAUGCGAUCAUACGUUAUAACAUCCUGUUUUUAACACUUUUUUUUAUCAUGUUUU